AGCAAUCAGGUGUAGAUUGUAGAACAACAUGAAGACAUUUAUUCUUUUGGCACUCUGCGCGCUUGCCGCUUCGGCAUACGCCUUGGACGAGGCUGACCGCGUCAAUGGCGAGAACGGCUGGUACGUUCCCCAGCAGGACGGCACCUUCGAGUGGGUGGACAAGGAUGUUGCGGAGGAUUGGAUGGAGAAGCAGGAACUCUUGGAGUCUCGCGGCCUGACCACCGUGCCCGUCACAUUCUACCUGUACACUUCCUCAAACCCCACCAAGGGCCAGAAGAUUAAAGCCAAUUACAAUUCCAUCAAUAACUCCAACUUCAACUCCGGCAACCCCACCCGCUUCGUUAUCCACGGCUGGACUCAGAGCUAUACCGCUGGCAUGAACAAGGCCAUCCGCAACGCCUGGUUGAGCCAGGGAGACUACAACGUGAUCGUCGUUGACUGGGCUCGCGCCCGUUCCAUUGACUACGCCACCUCCGUGAUGGCCGUCGCCGCCACCGGAAAGAAGGUCGCCAACAUGAUCAACUUCCUGAACUCCGACUUCGGCAUGUCCCUGGACAACCUCUAUGUCAUCGGUCACAGUCUCGGAGCUCACGUCUCCGGCUACGCCGGCAAGAACACCAAUGGCCAGAUCUACGCCAUCAUCGGCCUGGACCCCGCACUUCCCCUCUUCAGCUACAACUCGCCCAACAAGCGUCUCAGCUCCACCGACGCCUGGUAUGUGGAGUCCAUCCAGACCAACGGCGGCAACCUCGGCUUCCUGAAGCCCAUCGGUAAGGGUGCUUUCUACCCCAAUGGCGGCAAGACCCAGCCCGGCUGCUUCCUGGACGUCACUGGCGCCUGCUCCCACGGCCGCUCCACCACCUAUUACGCCGAGGCCGUCAGCCAGGACAACUUCGGAACGAUCAAGUGCGGCGACUACCAGGCCGCUGUCAACGACCAGUGCGGCAGCACCUACAGCGGCGUCCGCAUGGGAGCCGACACCAAUGCCUACAUGGUUGCCGGUGACUUCUAUGUGCCCGUGAACAGCAAUUCCCCCUACGGCAUGAUUAACUAAACGAACAAUAAAACAAAAAUCUAAAGCAAA